AUGGCUGGAGUUUCAGUAGCAAUACCUAAUUUUUCAGGCGGUAUGGAUGAGGAUAUAACUACUUUUGUCAGGAGAUUUCAUGGGUUUCUAGAUAGUAUUAAUAUUAAUGUAAGAGAUAAUGCACAAAGAGUUCAAGCUACAGGUCUAUUCCAAAGUGCUUUGUCUGGACCUGCUGGUGAUUGGUAUGAUGAAGAAAUACUCGGAAAAAAUUGGAUGUUAACUAAUAUAUAUGACAAUACUACUGUAAAUACUACAGCAAAUCUUCAAGCUAGAACUAUGGCGCAGAUGAAUACUUCUAAUAGUUUUAGACUGCAUUCUUUGGCACAUGCCUUUGCACAUCGUCCUGGAAAUAAUGCAAUUACAGUAGGGGCUGUAGAGGCUAGAAUGGUCCCACCAAAAGCUUUUGCAGAAGAUUGGACUAAUUCUGGUGGAGAGCCUACAGAUGAUGCACCUAGAUUUGCUGGAAAUAGUGGUGCUGUUCCUAUAAUAUUAGUUGGAAUUCAGCUCGGUCAAGCUAUUUACUACUUUGAAAACUUCUAUCCUUCAGUAUUAGAAGAAAGAUGCAAAGUACAAUUUGGUACUCUUGAUCAAGGUAAUGAUCCGGUUAAAACUUUCUAUGAAAAAGUUAAAAAAUAUGGCAAACUACUGAAUUUUGGCGAUGAAGUAGUUAAUCAUCAAUUCUUUAGGGGGCUAUCUCCAGACAAUCAACUUGAAGUGGAACAAAUUGGGGCUGAAAAAACUGUAAGUGAAUUAGUUAAAAAUUUAGAAAAAGUUGAAAAACGAAAAUCUGAAAUGAGAUUGGGCCUAUCCAAGAGAACAGGAGGUACUGACCAUCAAGCUCAAAUACAGCCUACAUCAGCAGGAUCACAUAAGCCAAGUCAUUCUGGAUUUUCGCCAGAAGAUGUGGAUAGAAUGAUCAAAAGUGCUACUGAAAAAAUUACACAAAAUUUUCAGUUACAGAUUCAGGAAUUACAAGCAAAAAUUCCAAAAGUUCCAUAUCAAAAAAAUAUUGAGACAGAAAUUCCUACUAAAACAAUAACAGUCCUAGAUCAUUUUAAAAAACCAGUCCAAACAAAUCUUACUGUUGAGGAAUGGAAUAAAAUGUUUAAUUCUGAUCCAACUGAAUUUCAUGAAGAACAAUUGCGUAAAUCUCAAUAUAUAAAGCCAAUCUCUGACACUAAUAGAAUAGCAAAUAGAAUUGCUGAAAGGCUUGAGCAAAGAAGACUUGAUAAGGAAAUUGCAGACCUUUCCAGUGGAAUUUAUUCUCUUAAUAUUAAUGAUCCUGUUCCUGAUCCUAUGGAUACUACUAAUUUGAUUCAUGAAAUUGCUACUGAUGAUGAUGAAUAUACUCUCCAAUUAGUUCAAAAAAAAAAAAAGAUUAUUCAUGAAUUAAUUAUAGAGGAAUUGACUCAUUUGGGAUUAACUAAGAAAACUACAAGCAAAGAAAUUCAGAAGUUUAGUGAAGCUUAUUCUGAUGGUUCUAUGGAUAUCGAUCUUUUGCAUUUAGAUAAUAAAAAAGAUUUAGCAUCUGUUGAAGAGAUUUAUAAAGAACUUGGAUUAAUACUUGAUACAAAUAAAAUUUGCAAACUUUCUGGAGCAUCAACUAACACUAAAUCAUUAGGUACUGUUAAAAACGUUAAAAUAACUUUGGCACCAGGAUGUACUAUAACAGAUGAUUUUGCUGUAAUUGCAAACUAUCCAUAUCAUGAGCUUAUUUUGAACCGACCUCGUCUUAGAGAAUAUAACUAUGAUUUACUUGAAUCUAGAAAGCAUAUGGCUAUUACUUGUAAUGGAAAGGACUUCUUUAUCCCUAUAAUUCCAGCAAGAGAUGAGCACAAAAAAAUGAAUUCACCAGUUUUGGAAGCAUUAAAUCAUUAG